AUGGUGGGCGAGGGUGACUUGCUCGCUGAAAUUGAAACCGACAAGGCGACCAUGUCCCUAGAUGCAAGCGACGAAGGUUAUGUUGCAAAAAUUCUUGCACCUGCUGGAACGAAAAACAUACCCAUCGGAACUGCUCUAUGCGUUAUCGUUGACUCGGAAGGUUCAAUCGCCGCAUUUGCUGACUUCAAACCUGAUGCGGUAGGCUUUUUCUGCCUUAUAUUAGAUUCGCUUCGGACACUCGUCCUUUUAUCCUUAAGUUGA